AUGAUCGUGACUCUUGCAGUUGUUUUAUUUGUUUACUUUGCCGUGGUUCACGGGCAAGGAAUGAGCACGGAGUCCCCGGCGCACGCACCGGCCUUGCCAUUCCUGGACUUAUUCACAGGAGCUUCAACCUACUACGGUGAACCGGUACGUAAAGUGUUCGAAAAUGAUUACCCGGUUUCGUGUGCCAAACCUGACACAUUAACAUCUUUUGCCAACAUACUCGGCAGUGCAGCCAAGAUUAUGAUAUCAGCAGCUGUUAUCGUAUUUUUGAAAUUCCUAGUAGGAAAACUGAUGCUGUUCCCGCUUGUUUUUGUAUUAAUUGGCAAAAUUGGACUCAAAGCUUUUCUCCUUUGGCCGUGGAUAUCGAAAAUGAUGAAGUAUUUCAAGAAAAAGAAGAAAAAACAUUUUCAUGGAAGAAUGAUGACGGGGUGUGUAGAAAGAAUAGCAUGUGUAAUUGCAAGAUCUUCAUCAGCGUGGACUAGUAACCUAGGAGCUGCUGCUACUUUUACUUUAAUAGACGACAUAGAUGAAAAUAGUGCACUAGCCAAAAAUAUGUUAAGGCUUUUCGCAGGCGAACAUGUUGCAGAAUGUCUCUCCUUCAAUUGUAAUGCUGACAGCACAAAUAAUAACAAAACUUGGAAUAUGUAG